AUGGCACCGGCAAGGACACUCACGCUUUCACUCUGCGGUACGGCUGCAACGCUGACGCUGCUAGCAUUCUCGACCACGAUCGGGCCGGCCGAUGGGCAGGCACUCAUAACACCGCUCGAUUCGCCCCUGCUCGCGAGCAAAUACCGUGGGCUGCGCGAGAUCAUGUUCAACUUUAUCGGCCAAACGGGCAACAACAAGAACAAGUUCCUGGUUAAUCUUAAAAAGGGGAAAAUCCAAAAACAGUUCGGCCCAGACGAACCAUUCUUCUGCAACACGACCGGCAUGCGGAGUGCGACUGUGCCGACUUCCGUGGACAAAUUGCGACCCGGCGAUAUCGAUGUUGUUGGGGCGAUUGGUGACUCCCUGACGGCGGGUAAUGGGGCGAUGGCAACUAACAUUCUGGAGGUGUUGAUCGAGAACAAGGGCCUGUCGUGGAGUAUUGGUGGGCAGGGAACUUGGCGACAGUUUCUCACACUGCCGAACAUACUGAAGGAGUUCAAUCCGAAGUUGUACGGAUACCCAACGAAGGACGGUCUAUCGACGCGGAAGUCAUCGCUGUUUAAUGCGGCCGAAGGUGGUGCCAUGUCGCAGGACAUUCCCUACCAGGCACGGAAUCUCGUCAAACGAAUGCUUUCCGAUCGGAACGUAGACAUCGCGAACCAUUGGAAGAUGAUCACGCUCAUGAUCGGUGGUAAUGAUUUCUGUGCCGAAAUUUGCUACAUGGCCACACCGGAAAAGAUACUGCAGUACCACGAGAAAAACAUCCUCAGCGCCCUGCGCACCUUCCGAGAUUAUCUACCCCGUACCUUCGUCAAUCUGGCCGCAAGCCCGAAGGUUGACAUCUUGGCACGGUUCAAGAACAAACCGCAAGAAUGCGUUUCCAUGCACGUCGUCGAGUGUCCGUGCCUGUUGGCCACACGGUUCCGCAAGCAGCGCCAACGGUAUGUGAAGCUGAUCGAGGACUGGAACAUGCUGCAGAUGGACAUAGUGGCGCGGGAAGAGUUCCGCACCCGGCCCGAUUUUGCCGUCGUUUAUCAGCCGUUCACCAUGAACCUUACCUUCCCGGAGACACCGAACGGUGAUACGGACUUCACGUACAUGUCGCUGGACUGCUUUCAUCUCAGCCAGAAAGGGUACGCCUUGGCCUCGAACGCACUGUGGAAUAAUAUGCUCGAACCGGUUGGGGGUAAAUCGAUGAACUGGGAGAGAGAAUUCACGCUGUUCAAGUGUCCUAGUGCGGACGUGCCAUUUCUGCGUACGCCCGGCAAUAGCUAA